CCAGCGGAUGUGCGGAUGUGCAGCAGCGAGUCCAUCCGCCCAUCCGCAACGUAAUGUCCGUGUCCCGCCUCAUGAUGGUUGGGGAAUCCACGGAACUCCAUGUCCUGGCGUAUAUAAGUGCCACGGAAUCACCAUGGAGGUUCACCUACUUCUGCACUUCACGUUCUCGCACUUUGAAAUCUUGCGCAUUCAUUGACUUCUCACUCGCAUACUCUCCUUGGCAACAUGUCCGCUGCAAAGUCGUUCCGCACCAAGGGUGCAGACGUCAAGUACCC